AUGUUUUCAGCUUCCUACCCACACAAGCUCGUUGAGAGCACAAAGAAGCUCAUCAAGAGCAGCACGUUUUUCAAAAACUACUUCCUCGAAAAUUACCAAAGCUUUAGUGGCAUCUGCCGCUACACCCAGUGUCUCUUGAACACUCCUCCCUCUGAAUCCUACCUUCCUGGUGACUUCCAUUUCUUCAGAGCCAUGCUCAACGAAAAGCCACAGGAGAACUACCUUCCUGAAGCAUUUCCCUAUUUCAGAAGAUCCGCAAAAGAGACUCCACAGACCUUCUUGCCUGGAGACUCUUUCAACUACGAAAAGGUCAAGACGAAGCGUCGUUCCUACUUCCCUGGAUGUUUCUACUUCUACCGCCAGAUUGUGAAGAAUGAUGUUUUGGAAGUCCCCUACGACGUUUAUCUUCCUGGCGAUUUUGGAGAUUUCUAUGAAUCUUGGACUACUGAGACCAUUGAAGCUAGUUCCCAAAUCUUCAACUACGAAUCAGUCGGCCUCAACAAUGCUCCAUUCCUACAAGGCGACUUUGCAGAAUGCUUCAAUGUCUGGGAAACCCAAGCAGAGUCGUUCCUUCCUGGAGACUUCAAACAUUUCUUCACCAUCUGGACCAAGCCUGACUUUCCCAUUGAAAUGUCAAAUUCUGAAGCUUUCCUCCCCGGUGACUUCCCAUUCUUCUUCAGAACCUGGACCUCCACACCCAAAACCAACAAAACCUUCUUCCCCAAGGACUUUUUCUUCUUCCAAGAUGCAUUGAAGGAUCACCCCGAACCCUUCCUCCCCAACGACUUCUUCUUUUGGAAGAACAUCACCAGAACAGAAGAAGACGAGAUCUACUUUCCCAAGCAGUUUUUCUUCUGGCAGGGUCUUUUGAGCGAAGGUUCCAAGGCGUUUGCCUCUGUUGACUUAAGUGGAAUUUCAACCCUCUGGAAAUCUGGCGACAGCUUUUUGCCUAAAGCUUUCUUGAAGUCCAAGGCAACCACCUCGACCGCUCAUGUUGAGGUUCACAGAAGUUUGGGUUUCCUGAGAAGGACUUCUUUUGUUUUUGAGACUCUCAGUGAGUAUGACUCCUCUAGCGACGAGAAGAGCACCUUUGAGAAGCAGCUGGAGUAUGAAACCAGCGAGUCUGAGGUGAGUUCCUUCGACGAGAAGGUGGUCUGA